AGCAGUAUUGUUUAGAAACUUCUCUGGCAUGCUAUCUACAGUGUUUCCAACGUUGCUGCUGUGCAUUGGUGCGGCUGCAACGGGAUUACUAUGCGCGAGAGUAGUAAAGACAACUACUGCUGCAAUGAUAGUGGUUUCCUUGGCUCUCGCGAUGCUGUAUCUCGUACAUGGUUUUCUCUCUACAAAUAUUUUUGAAAGGAAUUGUUUGCAUUACAUUUAUCUUUUCAAUAUUUUAUCAGCAUACGGGAACUAUCUAUCCGCUAUGCGGCUUUAUUAUGUCCGAGGAGUAAAAAACAUCUACGCCGACCUAUUCGUUUAUGAUGAUGUUAUUAAUGUGGGAACGUCUUUCAUAUAUCUGUUCUUCGACUCAGCAGUAAUGAUCCUACUGGCCAUCCUUGUGGAUUUCAAGCUACACACGCGUAAUGUUCCUUGUUGCGACAGAAUGCUGCAACACGAUGAAAGCGUCCCCAAUGUUACCAGAACUUAUCGCGAAUCUUGGCACGAGAAGAUUGCCUUAACAGCUGAACCUGUGCUAUCUGUGGAAUCCGUG